GAUCCAGAACCUGAGUUUCCGGUUGAAAGAGAAGAAGAAGAAGAAGAAUCGAAAAUGGGGAGUAGGGUUCCGUUGCAGCACUACAACAUGAGAUCGCCGCCGCCGCCCAAUUCCUUCAUCGCCGGCAGCCCUCUCCACCACGACCUCAACAACGCCGUCGUCGUCGACUCCCGCUCCUCCGCCAAGCUCGAAUCCAUCGUCGCCGCGGACGCAGUCGACGACGGCGUCCUCGACAACGACGACGACUCCAGCGCCGUCGUCAGCGACUGCAUCCACGAGUCCUUCUCCAACUCUCUCCCGAUUCACGGCGUCGGCGUGGACGACGAGCGGUCUAGUCUCGACAACGACGGGUCGUCUAGCUCCAGAGCUACAUACGACAUUCUAUGCCUCCAAGAUGUGUCACCGAUUGAGUCAUCUAGGGCGAGGUUUCUGCAACUUGUGGUGGAUCAUUUUAUAAGUGAACAUGUGAUCGAAGCGAUUGAUAGUGAGGUUAGUGGUGGCGGUGAUUACAGUGCUCAGUCCGGGCAAGAUAAGCUUAGUAAGAGGAAGCUUGGGGAGGUACAGCUUGAAGGAGACCCGAGGUUCGCAUUGCCGUUGAUGUAUAUUGCAAAUAUGUACGAAACUCUUGUUAAUGAUGUGGACAAUAGGCUUGCUUCCUUGGGUGGAUUUCGCGAAAAGACUAUUGGUGUUGCUCUUGAAGCAGCUGGUGGUUUGUAUAGAUUGCUGGCUAAGAAAUUUCCCAAGAAAGGACCGUAUUCGUUUAAGAGAAGAGAAUUGGCCACUUCCCUUGAAACUAGGACAAGAUUUCCAGAGUUGGUUGUACAAGAAGAGAAGCGUGUCCGAUUUGUGGUAGUAAAUGGUUUGGAUAUUGUUGAGAAACCAAAUAGCCUACCUAUUGAUGAAGCUGAGUGGUUCAUAAGAUUGACUGGUCGGAAUGAAGUGGCUGUCUCUGCUCAAGACUUUAAGUUCUACUCUCCAAGACACAAGUAUAGGCGUGUUCCAUCAAACUCUUCUCCUAACAUACUCGGUUUACCUUCGUAUCCUGCACCUGACAAUUCUUCUAUGUUGGCUGCUGCCCAAGGAUUCCGCUCUGUAAAUGAACCACAGAAUCAACAGGAGACUCCAUCCAAGCAUCAUCAUAUGCAACCUCUGUCACUUCAAUCUCAGUUUCAAACUGUUCAUCAAAACCAUCACCAGCCCAUGCACCAAAAUCAGCACGCUGUUCACUAUUCCCAAAACCAUGAAUGCGGUCCAACCUCUCACCUAUCUGAUAUACCUCAUCAUGCUCAUCAUUCGUCAACCAUAUCGCAACACAUGGCUUGCUUACAACAUGUAGGGGGACGCUUACAUGUAUUGCCUUCGAACCCCGCCAAGUUUUGUGACGAAUGCGGAACCCAGUACCUGAGAGAAACCUCCAAAUUCUGCUCUGAAUGCGGCGUCAAGCGGCUGGGCAUCUAAUCCAAUCUCCCCACUACUCCGGCAUCGCCUCCUUGUUCAAUCUCAU